GUGCUUUGCAAUCCGCUGCCUGUACGAACAGGCAGCAGCUACCAAACUCUCCAUCAGCUCCGGUUCGAUGGGCCUGCCAACUCCGUCUGCGAGUUGCCCACAAUGGCCGACGCGUCGCAACUAGCAGCCGACCUCUUCGCCGCCCUGGGGGCCUCUCCCUUUCCCGACCCAAGUCCCGGCCCAAAUCCCGACACCGACCCUAAGCACGGGCCGGACGCGCCUCCUCACUUCAAGGCAGAGCCCGCUGCAGAUGCCUCUAGAUUGACCGAAUCCAAUGCUGUCUCUCCGCCGCCCUCCCUUUCCCAGGCUCCGGCUGCUGUGCUCACGCCGCCUCCGAAUCCCACCGGGGGUGCCGCUGCCGCCCAUGCUCCCCAGCCUACCCCUGCUCCGCUCCCGGCUUCCGACAAGCUGGCGGCCAUCGAACCGGCACCCGAGGUUUUGAGCCCGCCCCAUUCGCAGCUUGCCCAGUCACUGGCGCAGGCGCUCGAGCCCGCCGGGCCCAAUGCGGCGCUCCCUCCGCAUCCCCAGAGCGCGUCUGUCUCCGCUUCGCCGGCGACUCUUGGCGCAUGCUCCCCGAAGCGUCCCCGAAGCCCAGACGGCGAGGAGGGGCUCGAUGGAGGCAGCAUAAAGCGGCUGAAAACGGAACACGCCGAGCCAAAGCAGCAGGGAAACGGGGUCGAGGCGUCAUCCAAUCUUGAUCUGGCCGCCAUCCUGGACGAAGCUCUUGCCGGAUUCGACCAGCAAGCAAACCUGGCCGGCAACCACGUCGCCAUGCAGGAUGUCGAUAGGUCUCAACCUGCCGGCCCGGCCAGCACCACGUCUGAGCUGGAAAAGCUAGGGAACAAGAUAAUGAAGGCCUCCCGCAGCCCGUUCUAUGUCAUGCGCUCCAUGAGCCUUCCGCUCCUGGGCAACGUUGCCGUCCAGAUCCUCCUUAGGCUGUCCCAACAGCCGCACGCCGAGACGGCGUCCCUCCUGGCCGACGCCGACUCGGACUUCCGCAAAGCCUACGACAUGCUGUUGGACAUCUUUCGACCCACCAGACGGGCCUUCUCUGACUCGCCGCUACUCUCGCCCGAUAAGCUCGACAUCGCCGACUCCGAAGACCGCGAAACAAUACGCAUGUCGAAUCUGGCCGCCACCGCGGCGAGCGUGUUCGGCGCUCACGACGUGUCUCUCCAGGACGUGCACGACGCCUUUUUCUCCAUCUUCAUUCCGGAGGACGGGGAGUACAAGUCGUCUUUGACCGCGCUGCUCCUCUGCCUCAAGACGCGCCUGCUGCUCGAUGCUCUCAACAAGCCGGAACAGCCCCAGCCGGUCUCGCCGCUCUUGGAUGCGCUGUUCCCCGUCGACUUCGACAGCUUCCUAAAGCAGCGCAGCGGAGAUUCGCUCUUGAACCCCGAGGAGGAAGCGCUCGUCAGCCAAAUGCGAGAGAGGAGAGAACUCCUGGUCAAGAGUGCCGCUGACGAGCCCAUCAAAAAAUAUCUUGAAACUGAAUCGUCUGCCGAGAGGUUUGCUGAAAGCUUGAGCAGCUUCCUGCAAGGGCACCUCGGCGUCGUCGUGGAUUACGCCGAUAGGUACGGCGUGAACAUCCCGUUGAACGAUGAAGAGACGGCUACCGUGCAGGACGCGAACAACGCCCAUCAAGAGGGACCCGACAGCUUAGCCGCCCUUCUGCAAUCUGCCACAUCCCACCUCGCGCCGGUUGAUGGGGAACCUGGCCAAGGGAAAGACGUUUCCUCUUAUGGACUCCCGCCAGAGCAAGCCCACUCCAUGGAGGACGACAAUCUUGCGCUGAAGAGGCUCCUUGAGCAGUCGCUUUCCGGCCACGUUCCCGAGUCGAAGGCGCCGCCGGCAGGUGAGCACGCUUCGGCUGGCGCCCCAAGCGUCGACUCCAAAGACCUCGCUUCUUUCAUCUCGGACUCUUUGAAGAACAACCCGGAGAUCCCUGCUCACGGGCUUUCCAACUUACCCUCAAACACGUCUGGAUUGGCCGGAUCCAAUACUGCUCCGAUGCAUCCCCAAUACGUGGCGCAGUUGAGCCACAUGAGCCACACCCAUCCGUCUCCGUACCCGACCUACACGCAGGGAUCAGCGUCCGCCCCUGCUGUUGGGGCCGGCGCAGAGGUGCUGCCGCCCAACCAGUCCAUGCCAACUGCCGCGCUCUACGAAAGAGCGCGUCAGGCGGCCGUGGCGAAAUCCUCCAACACCACCCGACGAGAGGGCCUGCACUCAGCGCGGAGGCCUUGGACGCCGGAAGAAGAAAAGGCACUCAUGGCCGGGCUGGACAUGGUCAAGGGACCGCACUGGAGUCAGAUCCUGUCGCUCUUCGGCCCGAACGGGACCAUCUCGGACAUCUUGAAGGACCGGUCGCAAGUGCAGCUGAAAGAUAAGGCCAGGAAUCUCAAACUGUUCUUUCUCAAGACGAACUCUGAGAUGCCCUAUUAUCUCCAGAGCGUCACCGGAGAGUUGAAGACACGAGCGCCGAGCCAGGCCGCUCGCAAGGAAGCCGAGGAAAAGGCACGCAUGAACUUGGAAGAGGAGCAGGCGAGGAUCCAGGGCAUCAUGACCCUGGCGGGAGGCCUGCAGAACAACCACCAGGGCACGCCAAGCACGCCGCUUGCUGCCUCGCCGGCGAAGCGGCCGCAGCCGGCCACUGCCGGGGUGGGAGGCGGCGUUCCCGGUGCGACCACAGCCGCCGCUCACACCGGGUCGAACAAUGGUGCCGCGCUGUCGGCGGUGCCAACUGCACCGCGGACCAAGGUAGAGGCUCCAGAUCACCAUUCAUUGGCCAGGAUCCCGGCAUUUCCUCCCAUCCAGCCGGCUCCGGGGCCUGGUCCCGGCGUCCAGCAAGCCGCUCGGUCUCACUUGCCGGCCCUGCAGCCACAACAGCCGAAGCCGGCCGUCCACCAGCAGCCGUAUCAGCAGCUUCACGAGGUCCGGCCGCAAGAGGCGCCAAAGGUGCCAAUGCAGGCAGCACAGCAACAACAGCAGCAGCGCCCACCAAGACCUCAACAUCAGCACCCACAAUUACAACAACAACAACAGCAACAACAGCAACAACAAGCAGUACAGCCGCAGACACCACACCAGCAUCGGCAGCAACAGCAACAGCAACAGCAAAUGCAGGCAAAAGCACAAACUGUCCCGCAACCUCCAGCCCAGACACAGGCUGCACCACCACCCCCACAAACCCCAUCUCAAGCCCAACAGCAGCCGCCGCCGCCGCCGCCGCAGCAGCAGCAGCAGCAGCAGCAGCCUCCUGUCCACACCUCUCCUCGCUCUGCCAACGCCAACACCAACACCAACAACCAGACUAGCACCAGCGCCAACGCCCAUCCCAGCACACAGCCGCUUCCCACUCCCCCGAUCCCACCCAACCAUCACUCGACGCCCGACCACGCGCAGGACACCAAGUUGUUUGAGUCGCUGCAGGCGGCGAUUGCGGCUUCGUCGGCGCCGUCGGGGACGGCGGAGGGGUCGACUGUCUAAGUUCUAAUCUGUCUAAUUCCCGUCGAGUCUGUUAGGUAGCGGUGAGUGCUUGGAGACGCAACUGAUUCAUUGAGUAACGGCGUGUAUUUUGGAAGGGGCGGUUGCGUUGCAGAAUGUUGCAGGUGUUGUCGGUAGAUGGGAUGGAUGGAAUGGAAUGGGACGAGUUCGAAUAGCUCUUUCUUCGCCCUUCCCUCUUGCUUGCUGCUCAGGUCGAGCAACAACACGCACACAUGAGACGUAUGGCACAGAGGUGGAAAGUGCUCAAA